GGCUUCGUGGUUUUAGCCCCAUUAUCACAGCUCACAGAAUCACAGAAUGGUUUGGCUUGGAAGAGACCUGGAAGAUCAUCUAUUCCCAACUGCCCUGCCAUGGGUGUUGGAACCAGACCUUCCACUAGGCCAGAUUGCUCCAUGGCUCCAUCCUUCCUGGCCUUGAACACUUCCAAGGAUGGAACAACCACAGCCUCCCUGGGCAACUUGUUCCAGUGCUUCACUACCCUAUAUCAUUUCUUCCUCAAAUUUCAGUUUAAAGCCUUUGCCGGACCCGGCGGGACCGGGAAGGAUGGCGAGGGCUGCCCAGGAGGUGGCAAUCGGGAGCCUCUUACGGGAGUGGAGCAAAGGUGGAGGGAGGCUCCCAGGAAAGAGGUGGCUGCCUUUAAGGUGGGUUUAUUUGCCUGCCAGAUGGGAAGUCUGUGACCAGCCCCUUAGAACAGGUAAAGGCAGUAAGGCUUCUCCACCCACUCGCCUUGAUCUUUCAUCACCACCGUGGGCCAGGCGGGCGCUUGUGCAACGUGCGCGCCGCGCUCGGGAGGCUGCGGGAGAGGCCCAUGCGCUGCCCGCAGCAGCCCGGGCACACGGGCCGGAGCCGCCGGGGGCUGCCGGCCGGGCCCCCUCUCCGGCCGGCCUGGGGAUGAGCACCUGCGGCGGCGGGAUGGGGCUCUCCGUCGGGCUCCUUCUCCUCUGGGCUCUCCUUCCUGCCGAGGCGCACGGGAAAGAAGUGAAUCUACUUGACACAAGCACUGCACAGGGUGAGCUGGGCUGGCUUCCAGACCCUCCGGAAGUAGGGUGGAGCGAAGUGCAGCAGAUGAUAAAUGGCACCCCGAUCUACAUGUACCAGGACUGCAGUGUGCUUUCCGAGGGUGACACCGAUCACUGGCUUCGCACCAACUGGAUUUAUCGGGGUGAGGCAGCCUCGCGCGUUUAUGUGGAGCUAAAGUUUACUGUGAGGGACUGCAAGAGCUUCAAAGGUGAAGUGGUGACCUGCAAAGAGACCUUCAACCUCUAUUACAUGGAAUCUGAACAAGAUGUUGGGAUCCAGUUCCGCCGCCCACUGUUCACCAAGCUCAACACUGUGGCAGCAGAUCGAAGUUUCACAAGCAGAGACAUCGAGUCGGGGGCCAUGCAGCUGAACACAGAAGUGUGCCCCAUUGGGAAGCUAUCUCGCCGGGGCUUCUACCUGGCUUUCCAGAACUCUGGGGCUUGUGUAGCGAUGGUGUCUGUCCGAGUGUACUACAAGACUUGCCCGGAGGCGGUGCGGGGCCUGGCCCGCUUUCCGGAGACGCUGGCAGGGUCAGAGGGGCUGACAGAAGUGCCUGGGGUCUGCGUGGAGGACGCGGCUGAAGAAGCGGGCUCUCCCCCCAGGAUGCACUGCAGCACUGACGGGGAGUGGCUGGUACCAGUGGGCCGAUGCCUUUGUGCUGUGGGGUUUGAGGAAGUCGAUGGGAGCUGCGUAGCCUGCCAGCGAGGGUUCUACCGCCACUCCCUGGAUGCUAAACGCUGCCUGAAGUGUCCCCCCAACAGCUUGUCCAACGAGUCAGGGGCCACGUCUUGUCCCUGCAAUGCAGGCUUCUACCGAGCACCUUCGGAGGGCCAGAACAUUGCUUGCACCCGCCCACCCUCGGCUCCCCGCAAUGUCAGCUUCUCCCUCAUCGGCACCCAGCUGAGUCUGUGGUGGCAGCCGCCCAGUGACCACGGCGGGAGGAAGGACCUGACUUACACAGUGUUCUGCCAGCGCUGCCACGUCCCGUCCUGUGAGCCCUGUGAGGCUGGCGUGGUGUUCUCCCCCGGUGCCUCUGGUCUCACGAAGCCUGCGGUGGACGUGGACGGCCUAGAAGCUUACACCAAUUACACAUUCACUGUGGAAGCCCAUAAUGGUGUCUCAGGAAUGGGACCUGCUCCACAGAGAACUGCUCCAGCUGUCUGGGUCUCAGUUGGACAUGCAGCUCCAGUGACAGUAUCCCAGUUUAUUCUGACACAGAGAGAUGACAGUAGUCUUUCUGUUUCUUGGCUUGCCCCACGGCAACGCAGCCGGACCUCAGUGGAGUAUGAGGUCAUGUUCUUUGAGAAGGGAGAGGAGGCACGUUACACAGUGAAGCACCUUCUUGAGCCGAAUGUCACUCUGAGAGACCUGCAGCCAGACACAGCCUACCUGCUCCGCGUGAGAUCCAUCACACCCCUUGGGCCUGGGCCCUACUCCCCAGAGCAGGAAUUUCGCACCCUUCCACCAGACACAGGAGCUCUGUCUGGUGGAGUCAUAGUUGCUAUUAUCUUCGGAGUUCUCUUAUUUAUUGCGCUAAUUGUGGGACUUCUCAUGUUUCGGCGAAAGAGGGCUCGUCGGAGACACGCACGGCCAGAUUAUAGUACUUCGGGCUUUGAGAGAGAGAAGGUCUGGUUGAAACCCUAUGUAGACCUGCAACCGUAUGAUGACCCCAGCAGAGGGGUGCUGGAAUUCACUAAGGAAUUGGACAUCUCUUGUGUCACUAUGGAGAAUGUGAUUGGAGAGGGGGAGUUUGGGGAGGUCUAUCGUGGGUCCCUGCGACUCCCGGGGAAGGAGCGUAUUGUGGUCGCCAUCAAGACUCUGAAGCCAACUUAUUCAGACUCACAGUGGUGGAACUUUCUGCGUGAAGCAACAAUUAUGGGACAGUUCAAUCACCCAAACAUUGUGCGUCUGGAGGGAGUUGUCACCAAAAGGAGGCCAAUGAUGAUCAUCACUGAGUAUAUGGAAAAUGGAGCACUGGAUACCUUCCUCCGGGAGAAUGAGGAAAAAUUUAGCCCUGUGCAGCUUGUGAGCAUGCUGCAGGGAAUAGCCUCUGGCAUGACCUACCUUUCAGAACACAAUUACGUGCACCGGGAUCUGGCUGCUCGCAACAUCCUGGUAACUCGCAGUCUCCAAUGCAAGGUGUCCGACUUUGGUCUCUCCCGAAUUUUGGAGAAUGAUGCAGAGGGAACCUAUGAAACCAAGGGCGGUAAGAUUCCUAUCCGAUGGACAGCCCCAGAGGCCAUUGCUCAUCGUAUUUUCACCUCAGCCAGUGAUGUUUGGAGCUUUGGAAUCGUCAUGUGGGAGGUGCUAUCAUUUGGUGACAAGCCAUAUGGGCACAUGACCAAUCAAGAGGUGAUGAAAAGCUUAGAGGACGGGUACCGGCUCCCCCCGCCUGUGGAUUGCCCAUCUAUCCUCUAUGAGCUCAUGAAGAGUUGCUGGUCACACGAUCGGAUGAGGCGGCCUCAUUUCCAGGAAAUCCGGGCACAGCUGCAACAUUUCAUCUCAAGUCCCCAGCUCCUCCGGCCCGUAGCAGACUUUGAUCCCAGGGUAACACUCCGUCUCCCCAGCUGCAGUGGCUCCGAUGGGAUCCCCUACCGCUCCAUCCCCGAGUGGCUGGAAUCCAUUCGCAUGAAGCGCUACAUCUCCAACUUCCGCACGGCCGGCCUGGACACCAUGGAGUCCAUCCUGGAGCUCACUGCUGAAGACUUGAAACAGAUGGGAGUGUCACUUCCAGGCCACCAGAAGAGGAUCUUGUGCAGCAUCCAAGGCUUUAAGGAGUGAUCAGUCAUUGAAUUCUUAAGCUUGAAAAAUGUCCAUCCUUACCAGAUAUCAUUUGGAAUCAUUCCUAUGGCAGUUGCUUCCAAAUGAGUGACUGGACAAGCAAAGUAAAACAACCAGAACUGAAAAAGCUCAUGAGGCAACACCACCUGCUCUCAUUUCUGUUCCCCCUUGCUUUAGCUCUACAGCAGCCAUCAGUAUGUUUCAGAGCACUGGUCUUAGAAACUAUUCUCUGUUUCCUGCAGUCCACUUCGUGCAGCACUAAGCAGGCCCUGUAGUCCACAGACUGGAGUUUCAGACCCUCAGUAUAUCACAUGGAAUCCAAGGUGGGUGGAGGGUGGUGGAUAAGACAUGUCUUAAGAUUGGAGAUGAGGGUUCAAGAUAGACUGGGACAUUCAGGGAGCAGGCACAAGAGUAAAGACAGGUAGAGACAGGGCUCAUUCACUCCUUGGCAUACAUUCCUUCUCACUUCGGCACCCUUCUGUCUGUCUUAUUUUGCAUCAGGAACAAACUAGUCAGUCCUUCACAAGGCUGCUGGUAAGGCAUAUAUUUUUUAAUGCAGCUAUUCUUGCUGUGAACACCACCCUGUGGUGGACUUCUUUCUUUGGAGGAGAAACUGGGAGUAGAAGCACACCCCGCUGUAACUUGUGUGAUCACAUCACCUCAGCAUGUUGCUGUUUUGCACAUGCACACUUCAGCGGGGAGAUUUACAUCUCUCCAAAUUGCUUAAUACCUUUUCUUAUGCUGUGGACAUUUUUCUCUGCCCCUUUUUAAAAGAGACAAUAGCCUUGUUUGGCUGGAAUAGGGUAUUUGUAACAGAAAAAUGUGUAGGUGGUCUGUCUUACUCCUUCUCUGUGGAGGAAUGUUAUUAUUUAUCAGAUCUCACGACAGUUAUAGUCUGUACAUAAUAUUUUGUAAAUAAACUUGUGGCAGAGCA